UAUUGAUGGUCUGUUCUCCACGCUUAUCAGUGACUACACAAACGAAACAAAGUUUCCAGAUCUUCUGCCGACGGAUGUUAUGGAUCGUUACCACGACUCGAGUAAAACUGACACGACAACGAGAGCCCUUCGUCGGAGAAACAUGGAAACCUACAAUCCAUUCGGUCGAGAGGAAGUCUUUGCGGGAUUUCGGAGCCUUGUCCCGGCACAUUGGAUCGGGCUCUUGAAACAACGAAGAAAGAUGCUCGAUCGGUGCUUAUGUCAGGCCAAACACUCAUCGCUUGGCUCCAAGAUUGCGACUACAACAACAACAUAUGCUGGAUCUGUGGGGACCCUGGCUCUGGCAAGAGUGUUUUGAUGAAACACAUAGUAAGCCAAGCAAGAUCAGACCCCUCGAUUUUCGAACCAUAUACAAGAGGCGCAGAGAGAAACAAGGAUACGGACCGGGAGAAGCCCAUCGUCAUUUGGCACUGCUUUGCUCGGGCUGGGAACCCCGUUUCCAUGCAGUUCGAAGAACUUACCAUGAUCCAAAACAUCCUGUUCCAGCUUUUCAAGCAAUUCCCCGGUGAGAUCGACCGGGCUUUUGCCUACACCUACAACAUGAUGCUUAGCCAGCGGAAACCGGAUUACAUCAAGGCAGGCUUAUCGACUUUGAAGUUCAAGACUCUUGAGAACACUCUGUUCUUCUUCCUGGCAGACACUGGGCUAGUAAGACCGCGGGUCUUCAUCUUUUUGGACGGGCCGAGUGGAUUUUCGCGACAGAAAUCUGCUUUCUUCAACAUCGACGAAGUGGAAGAAGCCCCGCUUAUCCACAAGCUGAAGGGAAUUAGGGGUGUCAAAGUGUGUGUUGCCAGUAGACCUGGGGGCGUGUUCCAUGAUUGGGAUCGUUCAUUCCACGGUCGGGAGGAAAGGGGGUACAAAUUCCAUACCCUCCGUAUUCAGGAUUAUACGCGGGAGGAUAUCCAGAAGUUUAGUAGCAACCGGCUAGAGAGUGUGCUUCUUCCGCUCCGCAUACCUCUCGCCGCAAGUAUUGCAAACGCUUCUGAAGGAUCGUUUAUCCUAGCCAAGGAUGGGUGCGAGGCUGCCCUUCGAGCAUAUGAACAGUCGAACGAUGAAGAGGCUAUCACCUACUCCCAGAUUCUCUUCAACUCAUUACUACACGAGAUCGAAAGGAUGCCAUUAACAUUCAAGUUACCCAACUACGACUUCGUACAGGAGAACCGCCUCGAAACCCUCUCAACCUAUCUAAACUUCAUUAUCACCCACAUCGAAAACAACAUGUCCCAGGCCCGUAACCAACGACCUUUAUCCCUCCUACAGUUUACGCUGGCCGUCGAAUCAUACCGGGACACCCUCCCCUCCGGGCCGCUCACGGACUUUCAGAUAGAAUUCCUUGCAAGAGCCUGUGACAACAUAGCGCAUAAGAUCAGAAAGGAACUCUAUCCCUUUAUUGUUCUCCGUGAAAUGGAACAUGAAGAGAAGCCGCAAUAUGUGGAUGAGAACUUGGUACAAAAUUGGAAAGGUCUGGUCCGCGCGGCGGGAUCAAAGGUUAUGCUUCUGCAUAGUAACCUGGUGCUGUUUCUGGAGAACACCUUGGCGGGACGGCAUUUACUGGAUAACGACGAUGGGCAAAGGGCUAAUUCACUUGUCCAGCACGACCAACUGCAUAGUCACAUUGCCGAUGAGAUGAGGGCCCAGAAUCCAAGAUUCUUACGGGACCGCGUGGCGACGCUCCUGAAGGCCUCUCUGUUUGAGCACACUUCACUCAUGCCGGAGAUUAUCAAUGAGGAGUGUGAGUAGUGGUUGGAGCGCGGCGUUGAGGUGAAGACGGAGACCAAACCGAAACGUCGGUACCCCACUACACGUUCUAAGACUGCCAGGACCAAAGCGCGGGGUAUGAAGCCUCAGCCAUAUCGCCCUUAUAGCGAACACUUGAAGUUGUUGGAAAACUUGCCGGAGGUGGCUGGAUUGGAGGGAGAGAUGUUGCUGUUCGAGUUUUGGCCGUCGACGUUCGUUCAUCAGAUCAAGAUAGAACCGGAGGAGAGUGUUUCCGAUGGAGGUGACUAUGUUGAGGUUGUGAGGGAGACGAAGAGACGGAGGAUGGCGUGAACACAAUGUCAUAUUUUUGGCCGCGAGAAGUUGUUUGGCUUGGAGUUUACUAUGGUGUUGACAUUGCAUUUGUUUUGUCUUCUGUUUGCUAUGUAUACAAGAACUCCUCAUUGAUAUUUCUUUCUCACUAUUAAAACGUG